AUGAAGACCGAUCUCACCGGCGCCCAACAGCAGCCAGUGCUGCUCCAGAGCGGGGCGGCAUCGGAAGAGAAGGUCACCGCAGGCGAAGCCGGUCACGUCGAUGAAGACGGCAACGACGACGAUGACGACGACGAUGAAGACGAUGACGAUGAUGAUGCCGACGAUGAUGGAAAGGAAGGCGGGAACAAAAAGGGCGCCAAGCCGAUUGCUGGUUUGCCAGAUCCGUCGACUGUUUCAAAGGCGGAGUGGAAGAAACUCGUCAAAGAGCACAACCGCGAGCGCCGUAAAAACAAAAUCCCCAAGCACGUUAAAAAGCGAAAGGAAAAGGUGUCGACCACGAAAAACAAGAAAUGA